CACAUACGGUAAUCAUUACCUGAACUUAACCAUCAUCGUUGUUUCCGACGAUGAGCUCGGAUUCGCUCAAUGUCGAGCACCACAUCGACAAAGGCAAGGCAAGAGCACGAUCCCCAGAGCCUACCGAGGGCACUCCUUUGCUGGGAUCUUCCAGCAGCUCGUAUACUGCUCGCACGAUCCCACAACAUGCGCCUCCCAUUCGACGACUCUUUCAUAAAGUCCUUACUGUGUUCCUCAUCUCGGUGUCCCUCUGCGUGUUUGUCUUGAUCCUGGCUGCCGUGGUCCUAUACUCCUACCGCGCACGAGCAGUGAGUGCAUCUCCUGAUGAGAUUUUGCAGCACGCCUUGGUACUUCGGGGCCCCGACCGCGUGGAUGUCCUCAACACAACCGGUGAUGGCGGCAUCUGGCUCAUGGUGCAUGGAAGACUUGGGCUGGAUGCCGGAGAGGUUGCGGGUGUCAAUACCGCUGAUGAAGACAACUUCGUCCAGGACGCGUGGAAGUCAUUCGGCCGCUGGGGCAUCCAUCGCCUGGACAGGGUCACCGUGAAUCUCUCGUUGAUUGAGAUCACUCGCGAGGGAUAUCCUACCGAUGUAAUUACAACCCUUGAUUUGCCGCCACUGGAAGUUCCACUCACUGCCAACCCGCCACCCGACAACACAUGGCUGACGCCUGUCGCAGUCCCUGUACUUAUCCGCCCGACACGAGACGCAAAGGUCCUUCUGCGCUUUGUGCGCGACAGUUGGCGAGAUGGUGUUAUCCGAGUGGGUGCAUCCGUGGGUCAAGCCAGCGUGCAAGGAGGCGGGCUCGACGCGCACGAUUGGCGGUGCCGCCUCCGCGUCGUCCACUCAGACAUCCAUACUUCCGUACACAUACCCAUUCCGAACCUACCAGGACUCCCACCACCAGGAGGCAGCAAUCCCCUGCCUGGCUUUUCCGACCUCGUCACUCUCAAGUCGUUCGUCAUUACCUCCGCGAAUGACACACUCUCAAUUCAUGCUCAAGCGACGUGCAUAAACCCCAUUCCUGAUCUAUUUCAGUUUUUCGCGCCGUCUCUGCCGUUCAUCGUGUCUCUUCCGCCUUUCAACGCCACCGAACCUGAACCUUCACCCGUCGAGAUCGCCACCGUUUACACUGCACCCUUCACGCUUACACACCCUAACAUCACGAUCUCCAUCUCAGGCAAGGUCCUACCGCUCCCGCGCAAUGCCUCCACAAUGGUCUCUAACUUCCUCGGCAAUUAUGUCUCUGCGCGCGACUCGGAAAUCAUCCUCGAGACGCCGCUAAUCCCAGGUCUCAGUGUCGGCACGAUAUUCCCUGCGCCACGCCCGAAGCCGCACAUCCUCCGCAAUGUUACAAUCAAGGAUAUGAAGAUCAAGCCCGUUGGAUCGGGCAUGCUUGCAAGCGGGACGGUGUUCGCCCGCGUCGUCCUCCCACGUGGGAUUGAGGUUGGUGUGGACGUCGCCCGCGUCUUCCCAGACGUCCUCGUGUACGACGGCGAGGCGCCUGAAGGCGGGUGGCCCCAAGCUGCGAAUGCGUCUGAGCCGUCUUUCCGUGUGCUGAACUAUCCAGUAGACGAUAGGGACCCGGACGUCCCACCUACUCCGCCGCUUCCAAAUCCGCUUCCAGAGCGUGCGUUCGCGCAUAUAAGACCGGAGGACUGGCUUCCUGCGUUGAGCGAACCUGCCGAUAGUGAAGAGGGCGAAGGGUCUGCUGUCGCCGUGUCAGCGAAGCUCGUCGAUGUGCCCUUGGAGGUGCUGCCUGGACGGGAGCGCGAGUUCAGUAAUUUUGUCUCGAAGGUCGUUUUCGGCACAGGCGGAGCCCUUGCCGGCGUGCAGGGAGUUGCUGCUGUCGCUGUUCACGUCCAGGGUUUGCCGUUCGAGAACGGGCGGGACGGGGAGAUGGAGCUUACGGGGCUGCCUUUCCAAGGAAGUGUAAGGAUAGGCAAGAGAAGUCUGUUUGAUGGAUCUAUAUUGAACUAAUCGUGCGAUGACACAUGUUGUUUGUACAGCUACUGUAUUCAUAGAUAUUACACCAUCUUCCCUUGUUUUUCAUGCAAUCGAGAUACAUUGCGCAUAGCGCACCAAUGUGAGUACGAUGCUCAAUUGUAAUGCCUCACCACGACACCGGCGAUGACCUCUUCCUCGAUGUUGUUCUCUUUCUUCUCGAGCUUGCUGAUUCCGUACGCCCUCGCCCUGCC